CUCACCUCUCCUCACCUAGCUCCACACUGACAUGGACAGAAAUGAUGGCCGCACCAAGUAUAUCCUGCGAGGCGAAGGGGCGGGCUCGGUGUUCGUGAUAGACGAGAAAACGGGCAACAUCCACGUCACCAAACCCCUGGACCGGGAAGAGAAGGAUGAGUACCGCCUCAUCGCCACGGCCACCGACAGGCAGACUGAACGCCCCCUGGAGCCGUCGUCACAGUUCAUAAUUCGAGUGCAGGACAUCAACGACAACCCUCCUGUCUUUGACGAAGGCCCCUACAGUGCCACCGUGCCUGAGAUGGCAAAUAUAGGCACGUCCAUAAUCCAGGUGACGGCGACAGAUGCUGAUGACCCGACAUAUGGGAACAGCGCCAAGCUUGUGUACACACUGGUGCAGGGCCAGCAGUACUUCUCCGUUGAUCCCCAGACAGGGAUUUUGCGCACAGCAGUCCCUGACAUGGACAGGGAGACGCAGGACCAGUAUUUAGUGGUCCUGCAGGCCAAAGACAUGGGGGGCCACCUUGGAGGAUUAUCUGGGACCACCACUGUCACUGUUAAGCUCACGGAUGUCAACGACAACCCUCCUCGCUUCACGCAGAGCAUGUGGUCCUUCUCCGUUUCCGAGCUUGCCAUCCCGGGUGCCGAGAUCGGACGCGUCUCAGCGACCGACGCCGACCUCGGGGAAAACGCCAAGCUGGAGUACACCAUCCUGGAGGGGGAGACGGGGGACACUUUCAACAUCACCGGUGUGAACCAGGAGGCGGUCAUCACCCUCAACAAGCCUGUAGACUAUGAGAGCCGGAGUUCGUACUCCUUCUCCGUGGAAGUUCUCAACCCCAUAGUGGACCCUCGUUUUCUGCGUCGAGGACCCUUCAAAGACAGAGCUUCAAUCCGAGUAGCCGUGCUGGACGCUGAUGAGCCUCCACGCUUCUCCCGAUCCAGAUACCACAUGGAUGUGUCCGAGAACUGCCCGCCAUCCUGUACCGUGGGCCGGGUCAGCGCCGUAGACCCGGAUACUGGUCUUACUAAUAAUAUCAGAUUCUCCAUCGACCCACAGUCAGAUCCGGAGGCCUUGUUUCGCAUCAGCUCAGAAACCGGCCUCAUCACCACGGCUAUGGAGCUGGACCGGGAGAGGGAGCACUGGCACAACAUCACCAUCAUCGCCACCCAAAGAGACAAUCCCAGCCAGGUGUCCAGAGUUCUGGUUGCAAUCGAGACAUUAGACCUGAAUGAUAACGCACCGGAGCUCGACAGACAAUACACAACGGCCUUGUGUGACUCUUCCAAUGCUGGACAGGUGGUGCAGGUGCUGCGGGCGAUUGAUAGAGAUGAGGGAGGCAACGACAGCACCGUGUAUUUCAGCAUCCCUCCAGAAUCCGGCGUUGCCCUCAACUUCAGCGUCAGAGACAGUGGUGGCCCCACAGCCAGCCUGGUGCUUCUGUCGCAGCUCCAGCCACUGUCCCGCUCUCAGUCCUCCACCUUGACGCUGUACGUUCCGCUCGUCCUCAGGGACGGAACGUCGGGCCUCACAAGCACGGGGACGGUCACCGUGUCUGUCUGUCCCUGCCUGAGGGGCGGGGCUCGAGCCGAGGAAAAAGAGAAGGAUAAGCAGACGGAGGGAGAGUGGGACUGGGAAAGAGAAGCAGUGUGUCUUCCUCAGCAGUCCAUGCUGCCCUCCCCAGGGCUCAGCACCGCCGCACUGCUGGCUAUCCUGGCCUGUGUUGCUACACUACUGGCAGUCAGCGCCCUGUCGCUGUCGCUCCGCCGUCAGAAGAGGGACUCCCUGUCGCCUCUGGAGGAGGACGACGUGCGCGAGAACAUCAUAACGUACGACGACGAGGGCGGCGGCGAGGCCGACACGGCCGCCUUUGAUAUCGCGGCGCUCCAGAGCGCGCCGCAUAGCUCCCGCUCACGUGGCUAUCGCACCCUAGACAGCAGGAAUGUCCGUUACACCCAGCAUGGUCAAGAAAAAGGUCGCAACUACGGCUGGCCCCAGAAUCCAGGUGUGGACCACAACUACACGGCACCUGGGGGACCUCUUUAUGGUCGCCUCUGCUACAGCAGCCACACCCUACCGGUUCUCCGCCGUACACCAGGCGGAACCUUUGAUCCGGGCCUGGCAGAGCUGGCGUACCGCAUUCCCGGAGGUCAGCCGGACCACUCCCUGGUCAUCCAGAACCAAGGAGCCAUGGUCGGGCCAAUGGAGUCAGGGGCAGUGUACAUAGCUCCCACAGACCUCAGCACAGGGAGCCGGACGGGCAGUCGCACCGGCAGCCGUGAUGGCACUGCGCCCCAGAGCGGAGUAAGCACAUCGGACGGAGGGACGCCGAGGACUAGCAACAGUCAGGAGAGAGGAAGCGGAACAGGACCUGGUAGCAGCUGUAUGGAUGGAAGUAAUGAGGACAAAAAUAAUCACAAUCAAGAUCUGGACUGGGUGCAGUCGGAGACUUUGCCCAGAGAGCACAGCCUCGUCAUGACUCGGUCCGGCUCCCUGAUGGGCCAGGGUCACUCCGCGGGAGGAUGGGUUUGCGACUCGGCUACCCUCCCGAUGGCCGGACGUAGGGCCUCCCGGUCUGGCUUGUCUCCGAAACGCACCGGCUCCGGCCUGCCUGAACAUGACCCCAGCGGGGAAGGAGGAGGAAGCGAAGGAGGAGGGGAAGGGGGAAGAGGAAUCAGGAACGGAAAUGGGAUGGCUUCCAGAGAUGGACAAUCAGUUAGUGGACGCAACUAUGCCACUGUCCUCCAGGGGGAGGUAUCUGGACAGAGGGACUACACCAGCAGCCUGGGCAGAGGGGGACUGGAGAUGGGGAGCAACUUUGUCGUGGCAAGACCAGACAGGGAAAUAGGAGGAAUCCCACUGACUGGUACGCCACCGGUCCUUCCAGACGCAGCUGGAUUUAUCGGGGACUGGCGUGAGCAGAUGGGUUUGGGGGGGUACAUUUUGGGCAGGAGGGACAUGAGCCCCCAGCUUUUGCCCUUCCCAGGGCAGCCGAGGGGAACGUUUGCUGGAGUGAUGAAUUACGGGCCCGGCUGGGUUCCUGGAGUGGAAGCGACAAGGGGGCCGCAGGGGCCCGGCGGUCCCUCCUUGGCACUGAGGGUGGGUGAGUUCCUACGGCUUCGUCUCGCCCAGGUCAGUUUCGACCCUUCUCAGCCGCCAUACGACUCCGUGCAAGUGUACGGCCUCGAGGGGACAGGAUCCAGAGCUGGGUCCCUCAGCUCACUGGAGAGCGACGGCGAGAAGGAGGAUUGGGGCGUGGGGCUUGAAAACUGGGGCCCUCAGUUCCAGAAACUAGCUCAGCUCUUUAAAAACAGAGAAAAAGCUCAAGAUGAUCCGGAAAAAGUUGAACAAGUUGCCAAAAAGGAGAGGGAGCCGAGGGAAGAGUCUGAAAAGAAAGAGAAAAGGGAGGUGGAGGAGGGUGGAGAUGAAGGGAAAGACUGAGGAGAGCAAAAAAGGGAAAUCAGUGGGGGCAAAGAAGGCAGUGGAGAAAGGAACGGACCGGGAAGGUGAUGAAAAGGCAACUAGAGGUAAAAUAAUGGGGAGAGAAGUUAAAAGAGAGAAAGAUGAAGAGGCAAAGUAAUAAAAAGAGACAGAGAAAAAUUAGCCAAGGGAGGAUGGAGAAUGUGAGGGCAGGAGAGGGAGUGAUUGAUGUAAUUUAAAGCAAUAAGUGUUGAAACGCUGAUAUGGUUGAGCACAGAUACCGAGACAAUGCGGAUGCUGCAUCGGCUUGGGGCAGCAACAAUUUGUUAAACGCUCUGGACAAAGAAAAACAACCCAAACAUCCCAGACUCGAUUUAAUUCAGCCCACACGUAUGGAAUAAGAAUUAGCAGGAAAGCGAGGCGAAAGAGAGAUCCUACUCAUUGUGUGUUUGUGUGGGCGUGUGUGUGUGGGCGUGUGUGUGUGUGUGUGUGUGUGUGAGUUGGAGAGAGAAACUUUCUGAGACACACCAGUGUGCACGAGCGUAAGUGUGAAAAAGUAAACGAAGAUAGAAAAAAGAGAUGCGGAGUAGAAAUCAAAAUACCCAGGGACAAUUCAAAGAUGAGAACAAGAAGUAGUGCUACGCAGGCGCCAGUUUGGGUCUUUGGAAUGAUGUGCGGACGGAGUUAGAGAGUGGAAAAACACAACAAGUGGCAGGAAGGAUUCUGGGACGCGGCGGGAACGAGAAGGCGGGAAUGUAUAGCGUCAGAAAUGAUCUUAUAAGUGAAGCGAUUGUACAGAAAACUAUUACUUUUUAUUCCAUCUGCUGGGGCAGAAAAGUGAAUAAUUCAGCUUGAUACUCCAUUCCAAAUGAAAAUGAUGAAUCAUUUAAAUCCCUAAAAAAAAUCCAGCCCUUCUUUCAGCCCGCCGGGAAAACAGACAUUGUGAAAAAUUGAAAUGAUUUAGGGACGUUAUUCCCCACCCUCCCGACACCCCCAUCCGUCUCCUGGCCCCACCAACGUUUUGUAGACGAGUGUUGAUAUGUUUACAGAGAUUUCACGCGUGCUGGCGAGAUUUCACAUGCCGACACGUCCCAACAAACAUGACUGAAUAAAGUAAAACAUUGAUUGUACUAAAGCAAACCCAUCUACAGGACCUUGAAGGAAAUCCAUUCCACUUGAACCUUUUACAUUUCCCCCACGCUGCAGGUUCAAAACGGAUUCUUUAUAGGAUUUUAAUGAGCUACACCAACACAAAGUAGUUUUCCCACUUGUGAAAUGGAAGGAAAAAAUGAAACAUGGUUUUAAAAUGUUUUUACUAAAGGAAAAUCUAAAAAGCGUAGUGUGCAUUUAUGUUCAGCCCCGCGGAGUCUGAACUUUCAAGAACCACCUUCUGCUGUAAUUGAAGACUGAAAUCUUUGCCCGUCCUUCUUAGAAGGUCUCAAGCUCAGCCGUGUGUUGGAGAGAGUCUGUGGACAGUCUCUGAAUUCCCUAUUCGAUUUAGGUUAGGACUUUGACUAGGCCGUUGUAAUGCAUCAAGAAUGCUUUGAUCAUUCCACCGUAGCUCUGGCUAAAUCUUCUGAAGCUUGUAUUUAGCUCCAUCCGUCUUCCCAUCAACUCCAACCAGCUUACAAGUCCCUGCUGAGAGGAGCAUUCCCACAGCAUGACACUGCCACUACCAUGCUUGACAGUGGGAACCGCGUGUUUGCGUUAGUGAUCAGGACACUUUCUUCCUUGUGUUUGCUUUUACUGGUUAUUGUCCAGUAAAGGAAAUUGAGGUCAAGUGCCUCCCUGUGUUGUUGCUCUGGUUUGCUGACAACACUGAAGUUGGUGUCUGACGUCAAGCUUCCAACGUGACCCCAAACUAAAGUACUAUUUUACAUCAAGACAUUAGGACAGCAUUCUUUCAUCUAUACUUCCGAAUGGAUGCUAUUCAUGCAACAAGCAUUUCCGAUGUCUGAGUUAAACGGGGCUGAAAGCAGAUGUGCCCAAAACGCUUCCGAUUUUCUUUUGGAAAAACAUUGGAAACCAUGAAUCCUAUUCCUUCAGCUUUACAACUAUGCACUGCUUUGUGUCGGUUUAUCACAUAAAAAAAAACAACAACAUUGAAGUCUGUGGUUGCAACGUGACAAAUGUGAAAAACUUCAAGGGUUUAGACAUACUUUUGCAAAGCACUGUAAAAGCAUUCAACUCACCUUUUUACAGCAUUAAACAUCUGUUACAGAACUGUUUUUAUCUGUGAAGUCUGUUUUUUUUUUAUAUGUACCUGUGUGCCACCCUGCUGUAGUCUCACUGUACGCACCUUGAGGACAUAAUAUGCAUGAUUUCUGAAAACAAGAGUGGGAAAUCAGUGGUGAUCACUUCCUUCUUUGAACACUUGUACUGCCUAACUGAAAUUUUCCACAGAUCUCUUAGUUAAGUAGGGGGGGUGUGCCGCCACAGAGACUCCCACCACAGGCCGCUGUGUUGUCAUAAGGUCAUAAUGCAAAUGAGUUGCGUUUUCAGCUGGAAUGCACUUUUAUACUGUGUGACGUUCAAUACCAGACCAUGAACAAUGUCAAAGAUAACACUUGUUUUAUAAGAUGUCGAUGAAAAGAUAUGUUGUUUGACUGUAUGUAAAAUCAUUUUAAAUGUAAAUACCACUGAAUAGUACUGCUGAGAGAGACUAUAUAAGAUUUUAGAAAACAGUUUGGGGAAAAAAAAAGAAUUUAGGUGUCCAAAUGGAGCACCGUUGGGACUAUCUGUAUGUAUUGUAGAUUAGAAAUCAAUCAACUGAGCUGGAAUAAAAGCAGCACCCUGUAUUCAACAUUUGUAAAUGGGUUCGUCAUGUGGUAGCCCCUUUUCUUGAAAACGGACACGCCAAACCAUUCAGUUAUACAUGUGGCCUCUGGCAGACGCUUGUUGUGCAAAACAGUGGUGUAGUUACAGAAAACCUGUUGGCAAACCUGUCCCGGUGAACAACUCAUUUGAAAGAAACUGUGUUUAUUGACACACACACACAUACAUACAUACAUAAACACACAUGCACAAAAAAAAUCUGUAUUUCAUUUCUAUUAUGCACUAAAAUGGAAAAUGUCAGUACUUGGUUCUGCCUGAGAGAGAUGGAGGUUUUAUAGAUACUUACCUCUCUUUGGGAAUUUAAUAAACUGUGAAUUAAGGGAAAGUGGCUUUUUUCAUCUUUUAUUCAUUUCUGCCUCUGCAACUUAAGUGGCAAAUUAAUUUUGCAUUAUGCUUUACCUUAAGGAAGUUCUCAAAUUCUCUUUAAUAGUGGCUAAACACUCUAAUAGGUUUAUGUUUAGACAGGGAUAUUUAACUCUAACGGCCAUGCAAAAAAAAAAAAAACUUUAUUCAACGAUGCUCACAUUGCAAUUUGUGAUUCUUCUUUUGAUAAAAAAAUCCAAAAAUAUAGUAAAUUACAGGUAAACAGAAAAAAAAACAAGACUUCUUAUUCUAACUUUGUUAAAGGUUGGCCUCUAAUAACUAGUGUUGCAUCCUUUAGCAGAUAUAAGUUGAGUGAGAGACUUUCAUCUACCUAUCUCUGACAUCGGUCUAAGGAAAAUAACUCCUUUCUUUCAUGUUUAGGGAAUUUCAUGCAUGUUCAGCGUGUUUUAAGUUAAACCACAGCAUCAAUGAGAUCAGAUCUGGGCUUUGACUAUUUCCCAUGACUUUAAAUCUCAGCCAGUGCUUGCUGGAUUUAUUUAUAUGUUUGGAGUCAAUGUUAUGUUGCAGAAUCCAGUUCUGCCUCAGUUAUUGCUUUGUUUGUUUUUCACACAUCUUUCUAAAUUUUUUCUGAAGUACCAAUCAUGGUGGAUCAUGUGUUGUUGAGCUAAGCUGGUCCUGUUGCAUACUUUACCUCCAUGCUUUAAAGUUGAUGUUUUCCUGGUAAUCUGCAUUGGGUUGACGCUA